GCUGUGGCUUUGCUCCUGCCACGCUUCCAGCUUGGCAUGGCCUCCUGCCAGCUCCAUUUGUCUUUCUCUUUAGUGACAACCAACAAGGGCAGCGAUCAGUGUGGUGGGAAUAUCUGUUCCCUCAAAACUCCUCUGAGGUUACCCAGCACACUUCAUACAAACCAUCACAGCCUUCAUAUUAUGGUCCAGCAUGAACAAAGAAACCACACUACUGAACCAGUUGUAGAUGACUAUAAAAAAAUGGGGACUCUGUUUGGAGAACUAAACAAAAGCCUUAUCAGCAUAGGCUUCACAAGGAUGUAUUUUGGAGAGCGGAUUGUGGAACCUGUAAUAAUCAUAUUCUUCUGGAUUAUGCUCUGGUUCCUUGGUUUACAAGCUCUUGGACUCGUUGCUGUUCUGUGCCUUGUUAUUAUUUAUGUGCAACAAUAGCGUGUGGUAGACGGCUUCUUGGAUGACCUGUUACCGCCGUGUCACAUUUUGAUGGUUAUAUGUUGAAGCACAUAAGUGGCAUAUUAAAGGUGCAGUGUCCCAAAUCAUGUUUCACAUGCAUGAGGGGGGUUUUUGGGGGGCGAGGUUCAGAAUAACAUAGAAAGAAAGUAGGUUCUAGCACAUCUUCAAAGGAAAGGGGAAACAAUACGUUCUUAAUGGUACUAUCCAAAGUAACUUGUUACUUCCUGGAAUUUUGUGGGCUCAGUCCUAUUUAAUACAGCAUAAAAUCCAAAUAAAAUUGGGCAACUGCUUUUCCAUGGCA